UCAAAUAAAUAUGAUGGCUCUUUGUAGGAUGCAUCAUACUCGGUAAUUUUUCGUACUCUUCUUCUCCAAAGGCUCCUCCACGCACCCAGAAAAAAUGGACAUUAAAGGGGUGCUCUGUCUUCUCCUUACCUCCGCCAUUCUUUUCCCUUCCUUAGAAGCCACCGAAUUGCUGCCCAAACCUGCCGAAUCCUUUAAUUUAACCUAUAUUCAGCAACUUGGGAGUUGUUCUUAUUCGGUUGUUAUAUCAACGAGUUGUUUGUCACCUACAUACACAAGGGAUCAGAUCAGUCUCUCAUUCGGCGAUGCUUAUGGAAACCAGAUUUAUGUGCCAAGGCUCGAUGACCCAUCUAGAAGGAUAUUUGAAAGAUGUUCUUCUGAUACAUUUGGCAUUAAUGGACCUUGUGCUUACCAAAUUUGCUAUGUUUAUCUUUAUCGCACCGGACCGGAUGCCUGGAUCCCAACAACAGUGACAAUCUCUGGUCAUAAUUCUAGACCCGUCACAUUUAACUACAACACUGCCAUACCGAGCGAUGUAUGGUUCGGGUUUAACUUGUGUGGUCAUCCUUCGUCCUCAAACCAUAUUUCAGGUUGCAUAGGGUGCUUCUAUGUCAUUUUAGUGUCUAUUCUUCUACUUCUCUUGUAACUUUGUGUUAUGUGAGGAUGGUUGUUCAUGUUCUAUCCCUUGAUAAGAAUAUACUUUACAUGUAGCACUUUUAGUAUAGGGGACUAGUGCAGAGUUGUACAACAGGCUGAGGGAGUUGUUGGUGAUCGAGACUCCCGACUUGGGAUAAGCUUUUGAAGAUCUUAUUUUGGAAUUGGGAAAUAGAGAAAUUUCUGGUUUUGUUUAUUUCUUGAUAUGUAAAAUGAAAAGAGAUACGAAAAUUUUUGUUUA